UCAAAAAAAAAAAAAAAUCUAGCAGCAUGUCUCAUAAUAUGUUGUACCUUUGCUUUUCCUUACGUCCUCUUACUGUGGGUAACAAAUAGAUUAAGACUUAAUUCAAAUAUCACCUUCUGAGGAGGCCUUCCUGGAGCCCACUUUUUACUUGACUUCUGCCUUCAUACUUCUUCCAAGGCAGAGACUAUAUCUUUCUGUUUUUAUAUCCUAACACCUUGCACAGUGCCUGACAGAGUAAAUAGAUUGAAUGGCAGUACCAGGGAGUCUGAAAAUUGAUGCCAGCUCAGGAAUGGAGAAGUUGUCUUCCAAAAUGUCCAGGGAAGCAAUAAUGGGAGUAGGUCAUGUCAUCAUCAUUGCUGUUACAGUGGGAAAGUGAGUCUUUGAAACUCCUAUGUGUGACGUUAUUAACAAGCAGUUGACAGAGGCAGGGCUGGAGCCAGUUGUCUGACUCCAAGUCAGGUGUUCUUCCUGCUGCCCCUCUAGUUCCUGGGACUGUGGUCUUUUGUCUGAAUGCAGAAUUUGUAGAAAAGUUCCGGAGGGACCAUACUCUGUUUCUUUCUCUGGACUGUCAUUUUUUAAAUAGUUGUUUAUAAUAUGUCAAAGUUGGGUUUUUAAGGAACUUGUGAUUGGUGGUAGAUGCUGAUUGAACAAUUUCAUUUUCCAAACAUGUAGUUUCUGCCUGGACUUUGCCAUUGAUGGGCUUGGGAACUAGUGAAACAGCCUCUCAUCCCCCUUCUUCUCUGCUAUGUUCCCAGUGGAUAUUUCCUCUGCUUUAGGAGCGUCUUCUCUCCUGCAGCUUGACUAGUCAAGGAAUCAGGCUGACAGCAUAGAGCCUGGAGCUGCCUUCAGGAGGCUGGGAGAAGCAAUAUGGCCCAGGAAGCCAGCAUGCUGAGAGCGCUCCAACCUGAGCUUCAGGCGUGAAGGGGCUCUGGGUUUGCAGAGAGCCGAAAUGACCAUGACUGCCAACAAGAAUUCCAGCAUCACCCAUGGAGCCAGAGGCACUAAGGCCCCUCGGGAGACUCUGAGCAGGUCUCAGUCAGUCUCUCCACCUCCAGUUCUCUCCCCGCCGAGGAGUCCCAUCUACCCCCUCAGUGAUAGUGAAACCUCAGCCUGCAGGUACCCCAGCCACUCCAGCUCCCGGGUGCUCCUCAAGGACUGGCACCCCCGUGAUCCUUCACCCCAGAAUCCUCAAGACCCCUCCCCAGAUACUUCACCACCCAUCUGUCCCCUCAAGACCACCAGCUUCGGUUAUUUGGACAAAAGCCCUUCAGUGUGCAAGAGAGAGGACCAGAAGGAGAAUGUCCAAGGCGCAGCCCGGGAUGUAGAGGGUGUGGCUGCUUGCCUCCCCCUUGCCCAGAGCACACCAUUCCUGGGGCCAGCGGCUGGCCCACGGAGCAUCUUGCUGACCCGCACUGGCACCCGUGCCCACAGCCAGGGCAUCCGGGAGAAGAUUUCAGCAUGGGAAGGUCGCCGAGAGGCCUUGCCCAGGAUGAGCAUGUGUGGAGAGAAGUGGGAGGGCUCUGGGGGUGAGUGGGCAGCCAGUGAGGGCUGCCCCAGUGUGGGCUGUCCCAGCGUGGUGCCGUCCCCCUGCAGCUCAGAAAAGACCUUUGAUUUCAAGGGCCUCCGGAGGAUGAGCAGGACCUUCUCCGAGUGUUCCUACCCUGAGACCGAGGAGGAGGGAGAGGCACUCCCUGUCCGGGACUCUCUCUACCGGCUGGAGAAACGGCCAGGCCGGAGUGAGCCCAGUGCCUUCCUCAGGGGGCAUGGCAGCAGGAAAGAAAGCUCAGCAGUGCUGAGCAGGAUCCAGAAAAUUGAACAGGCCUUGAAGGAGCAGCCAGGCCGGGGACUACCCCAGCUCCCCAGCAGCUGCUACAGUGUAGACCGAGGGAAAAGAAAGACUGGAACCUUGGGCACCUUGGAGGAGCCGACCGGGAAUGCGGGUCUGAGUGCUGGCAGCCGGGCAGUAGGAGUGGCUGGAGUUGGCGGGGAGGCGGGCCCACCCCUGGAGAGGGAAAGCAGUGGUUCCACUAAGCCAGUGACCCCUGGAAAUAGCCCUAGCUCCCAACUGCUGCCAUCGAAGAGCUCCCCUGAUCCCGCUGUGAACCCUGUUCCCAAACCCAAGCGCACCUUUGAAUAUGAGGCUGACAAGAAUCCCAAGAGUAAGCCAAGCAAUGGUCUACCUCCUUCGCCCACACCUGCUGCUCCACCCCCCUUGCCCUCCACCCCAGCCCCACCAGUUACCCGGAGACCCAAGAAGGACAUGCGUGGUCACCACAAGUCCCAGAGCAGAAAAUCCUUUGAGUUUGAGGAUGCAUCUAGUCUCCAGUCCCUGUACCCUUCUUCUCCCACUGAGAAUGGUACUGAGAGCCAACCCAAAUUUGGAUCCAAAAGCACUUUAGAAGAGAAUGCCUAUGAAGAUAUUGUGGGAGAUAUGCCUAAGGAGAAUCCAUAUGAGGAUGUGGACUUAAAGAGCCGACGAGCAGGACGAAAAUCCCAGCAACUGUCUGAGAACUCCUUGGACUCUUUGCACAGGAUGUGGAGUCCUCAGGACAGGAAGUACAACAACCCACCCACGCAGCUCUCCCUGAAACCUAGCACCCAGUCCCUGCGCAGUGGGAACUGGUCAGAAAGGAAGAGCCACCGGCUGCCACGAUUACCCAAGAGGCAUAGCCAUGACGACAUGCUGCUGCUGGCUCAGCUGAGCCUGCCGUCUUCACCCUCCAGCCUCAACGAAGACAGCCUCAGCACCACGAGUGAGCUGCUGUCCAGCCGCCGGGCCCGCCGCAUUCCCAAGCUUGUCCAAAGAAUUAACUCCAUCUACAAUGCCAAGAGGGGAAAGAAGAGGUUAAAAAAGCUAUCUAUGUCCAGCAUUGAGACAGCGUCACUGAGAGAUGAGAAUAGUGAGAGCGAGAGCGACUCUGACGACAGGUUCAAAGCCCACACACAGCGCCUAGUCCACAUCCAGUCAAUGCUGAAGCGUGCGCCCAGCUAUCGGACCCUGGAGCUGGAGCUGCUUGAGUGGCAGGAGCGGGAGCUUUUUGAGUACUUUGUGGUGGUGUCCCUCAAGAAGAAGCCAUCCCGAAACACCUACCUCCCUGAAGUCUCCUACCAGUUUCCUAAGCUGGACCGACCCACCAAGCAAAUGCGGGAGGCAGAGGAAAGGCUCAAGGCUAUCCCCCAGUUUUGCUUCCCUGAUGCCAAGGACUGGCUCCCUGUCUCAGAGUACAGCAGUGAGACCUUUUCUUUCAUGCUGACUGGGGAAGAUGGCAGCAGACGCUUUGGCUAUUGCAGGCGCUUAUUGCCAAGUGGGAAAGGGCCCCGGUUGCCAGAGGUGUACUGUGUCAUCAGCCGCCUUGGCUGCUUCGGCUUGUUUUCCAAGGUCCUAGAUGAGGUGGAGCGCCGGCGUGGGAUCUCUGCUGCAUUGGUCUAUCCCUUCAUGAGAAGCCUCAUGGAGUCACCCUUCCCAGCCCCAGGGAAGACCAUCAAGGUGAAGACAUUCCUGCCAGGUGCUGGCAAUGAGGUGUUGGAGCUGCGGCGGCCCAUGGACUCCCGGCUGGAGCAUGUGGACUUUGAGUGCCUUUUUACCUGCCUCAGCGUGCGCCAGCUCAUCCGCAUCUUUGCCUCACUGCUGCUGGAGCGCCGGGUCAUUUUUGUGGCAGAUAAGCUCAGUACCCUCUCCAGCUGUUCCCAUGCAGUGGUGGCCUUGCUCUACCCCUUCUCCUGGCAGCACACCUUCAUUCCUGUCCUCCCGGCCUCCAUGAUUGACAUCGUCUGCUGUCCCACACCCUUCCUGGUUGGCCUGCUCUCCAGCUCCCUCCCCAAACUGAAGGAGUUGCCUGUGGAGGAGGCGCUGAUGGUGAAUCUGGGAUCUGACCGAUUCAUCCGACAGAUGGAUGAUGAGGACACAUUGUUACCUAGGAAGUUACAGGCAGCUCUGGAGCAGGCUCUAGAGAGGAAGAAUGAACUGAUCUCCCAGGACUCUGACAGCGACUCCGAUGAUGAAUGUAAUACCCUCAAUGGGCUGGUGUCGGAGGUGUUUAUCCGGUUCUUUGUGGAGACUGUUGGGCACUACUCCCUCUUCCUGACACAGAGUGAGAAGGGGGAGAGGGCCUUUCAGCGAGAGGCCUUCCGCAAGUCUGUGGCCUCCAAAAGCAUCCGCCGUUUUCUUGAGGUUUUUAUGGAAUCUCAGAUGUUUGCUGGCUUCAUCCAAGACAGGGAGCUAAGGAAGUGUCGGGCAAAGGGCCUGUUUGAGCAGCGAGUAGAGCAGUAUUUAGAGGAACUCCCUGACACUGAACAGAGUGGAAUGAAUAAGUUUCUCCGAGGUUUGGGCAACAAAAUGAAGUUCCUCCACAAGAAGAAUUAAACCUCUUUCUCAGUAGCAGAGUCCAGUGCCUUGCAGAGCCUGGAGCCUGGGGAGAGGGCUCAGCCUGGGACCCUGUGGCUGCUCUGCCCCCGCAGAUCCCAUCCUCCAAGCCAGCCCAUCUCUGCCUUCACAAUAUCCCAGGAUACUGUUUGUAAAUAAUCUGCUGUAAGCUUUCUUAACUGUUUUUGUAACAAGCAGAGAGAAUAUGGUAAAUAUUUGUAUAUUCCCAAGGGGCGGGGUGCUUUCCUGUCCUGCCAGAGCAUGGAUGAAGUUUUGCUGGGUGCUUGUGACUGGCCAACUAUGUGCAGCUGACUGUCUCAGCCCAACCACUGAUCUUCCCUGGAGGCUUUUUGCCUCCCUGCCUUCGGCCCCUGCUGCCAGUCUCGGGCCCUGGAGAGUUGAUGCUGUCUUGUUAUGUACAGGAGGACUAUUUUUUUUUUUUUUUUUAAAUCUUAAGAGUUUCUAUUUUUUUCUGGCAAUCCCCCUCCCAGCCCUCUGUUUUUGAAAGGCAAAAGCCAAUCAGUCCCCAUUUGCAGCGUGGUACCAGGCUCUUGAGCCUGGUCCUCUUAUUCCUCCCACCCUCUGAGAUGGUCAGUGAGUCAUGGAAAGCUCACCCCACAGCUCUGCCAGUCUCUGGGCCCGGCUCACAGUCAGUGGUGGCCAUGAUGCGGUACAAGGGAUCCCUCCUUCCCACCAUCUACGGGUGUUCUCAAUAAACAGUGUACAGUUGUUUGGGC